AUGUUGUCUUUCAAGACUGUGUUCUCGGCCAUCUUCCUGGCUGUAGGAGGACUAGGUUUCCUCUUCGGCUACGACAGCGGUAUCAUUACCUCCACUAUCUCCCUUCCCACCUUCAUCGAUUACUUUAGCAACCCCAGCAGCACGGUUACCGGUGGGAUCGUCUCAUCUUUUCAAGGUGGCGCCAUUCUGGGGACAAUGGUCAACAUGGCCGGCGCCGACUGGGCAGGCCGCAAAAUGACCGUCCUUGCCGGUGCCAUUGUCUCCGUCCUCGGUUGCGCUCUCCAGGCUGGUGCUGUGAAUAUGACAAUGCUGAUCAUCGGCCGCUUCAUUGCUGGCGUUGCGGUUGGGAUGCUUACGUCCACCAUUCCAAUGUAUGCGGCAGAGCUGUCGGAGCCGAAGUGGCGAGCCACACUCUCUGGGUUGCUGCAAUGGAUGCUUAGUUGGGGAUUUCUGGUGGCGCAAUGGCUGGGAUAUGGAUGGCGGUUCCCGCUUGCCUUCCAGAAUGUGCCCGGCCUGAUCCUCAUUGCCGGUAUAUGGUUUCUGGACGAGUCGCCCCGUUGGUUGAUGGAAAAGGACAGGCAUGAGGAAGCAAAGGCAGUUCUCACUCGGAUUCGGAAGGGCGCGUCUGCAGACACUGUCGAGCUGGAAUUCCGCGAGAUUCGCGAUGUCAUCGCCGCUGAUCGUGCUGUGGGAAAUACCUCCUGGAGAACUAUUCUCACGAAGCCCUCCUGGCGCCGCAGACUGAUCCUCGGCUGUGGUGUUCAAGCAUUCGGGCCUCUUUCUGGAAUCAACACAUCCCUGAUGAUCAUCGGUAUUAGCGGUGCACUUUCAAUUGUUUACUGCUCCAUUGGUCUCUACCUCGUCGACAGAGUCGGUCGUGUCAAGCCACUCUUCGUUUCUGCUCUCUUCCUCGGCGCGGCCCUUCUCGUCAACGCUGUGCAAGCGCAGUACAUGGAUCAGAACAACGAGAACCAGCUGCGGUCCAUGGUGGCAAUGAACUUCGUCUUCAGCCUAUUCUAUACGCCUGUCGGAAUCAUUUCAUGGGUCUACCCCGCUGAAAUCUUCCCUGUGGAGGUGCGCGCCCUCGGUAAUGCCCUGACAACAUUCACAAACUGGACAGUCAACCUCGUCUUUGCGCAGUUCACUCCGAGCGCACUCGACUCCGUUGGUUUUAAGUACUUUUAUCUGUUCUUCGUGCUAAACUUGAUUGCGGCUACUUGCUACUACUUCUUCUUCCCGGAGACCAAGGGCCGCACACUCGAGCAGAUCGAUGAGCUCUUUGGUGACCAGCUUGUACCCCAUGCGUUGGAGGACCCUGAUGCGGCCUACGCAGCUAUGGAGAAGGAGCACGCGACGCAUAUGGAGGAAAGGGGGGCCAGGGCCUAG